AUGGUAUUGACUGUGCUGACGGUCUCUGGUAUGACCUGUGGUGCUUGUUCAUCAGCUAUAACGUCCACUUUGGAGAAAAUAGAGGGUGUUCAGGAAGCUUCGGUUUCUUUAAUAACGGAAGAAGCUAGUGUUAAACAUGAAAAAGCUAUUACACCUGAAGCUAUUAAAGAUGCUAUAGAAGAUUGUGGAUUUGAUGCUAUUGUGAUAUCGACCGAAGAUGAUGUUUCAGAUGGUCAAGUUUUACAACAAGAAAAGAUAUAUGAAACUAAAUUAAGUGUUCAAGGCAUGACUUGUGGUGCUUGUACUUCAGCUAUAACAUCAAUUAUUGAACCUAAAGCUGGUGUUUUGAAAUUUGAUAUUUCAUUAGUUACUGAAGAAGCUGUUGUUAAACAUAAUGAUUCAAUCACCCCAGAACAAUUGAAAGAAGCAAUUGAUGAUGCUGGGUUUGAUGCAGAAAUAUUGGAAACUAUUGAAUUGACUAAAUCUUUAUCAAAACCAACUGAUCUAGUAGAAACUAUAGUUUCUAUCAAAGGUAUGACAUGUGGUGCUUGUACUUCAAGUAUAACCAAUGUAUUGAAUGAUAUAGAAGGUGUUGUCAGUGCUGAUGUUUCAUUAGUAACCGAAGAAGCUAAAAUCAAACAUUUCCAAUCAAUUAAUCCUCAACUUUUCAAAGAAACUAUAGAUGAUUGUGGAUUUGAUGCUGAAAUCAUCGAAACAAUCACCGAGGAAAAUCAAUCACCAUUAUUUGAAACCACAAAAUUUGACUUGGAUACAAAUGUUGAUUUAAUUGAUAUCGAAGAACAAUUAUCAGGGGUAAAAGGUUAUAUUUCAUCUAAUAUGAUUAAUUCCACUACAAUUUCUAUAACAUAUGAUUCAACAAAGACUGGUGUUAGAUACUUGGUUAGAGAUUUCCAUAAUUUAGGUAUUCAAGCAGAACCACAAAAUGUAUUGGAUACAACUUCACAAAUCUCUUCAUUAAGUAAAGUUAAAGAAAUUCAAUUUUGGAAAUCAAGUUUUAUUAAAUCUUUUUUAAUUGGUGUUCCAAUGUUUAUCGUUAAUAAUGUCUUUCCAGAAACUGAUGUUGAUAUCUCCUCACAUUUACUUCAUGGUAUAUACAUGGAAACAAUGAUUGAAUGGGGGUUAGCUUCAUAUAUUCAAUUUGGUGUUGGUAAAUUUUUUUACAUAAAUGCCUAUAAUUCAUUUAAACAUGGCUCAGGUACAAUGGAUACCUUAAUUUGUGUUUCAACUAGUAUAUCCUAUUUUUUUUCAGUUUUAACUAUUUUGAUUUCAAUUGUGAAAAAUGAUCAAUCUCAUACACCAAAGACACUGUUUGAAACUGGUGUUUUAUUAAUUUGUUUUGUUUCUUUAGGUAAAUGGUUAGAAAAUAAGGCAAAAUCUGAAACAUCAUCAUCACUUUCAAAAUUAAUCAAUUUAACUUCAACUGAUUGUACAAUUGUGGCAAGUCCUGAAAAAUUUGAUGCUAAUCAAAACAAUACAUUAAUGAAAAUCCCGAUUAAUUAUUUACAAGUUAAUGAUAUUGUUGAAGUUAAAGCUGGUGAAAAAAUUCCAGCUGAUGGGUUCAUCCUAAGUGGUGAAUCAGAAGUUGAUGAAUCAUUAUUAACUGGUGAAUCAUUACCAAUUCAUAAAAAAGAAUCCGAUAGAGUUAUUGGUGGUUCAAUUAAUGGUGUUGGUACUUUAUUUGUUAAAAUUACAACAACUUCAGAAAAUUCCCAAUUUUCAAAAAUUAUUAAAUUAGUUAAAUCUGCACAAAUGAAUAGAGCUCCAAUUCAAUCAUUUGCUGAUUAUAUCGCAGGUAUUUUCGUUCCAACUAUUAUUUCAUUAGCUAUUUUCACUUUUAUUUGUUGGACUAUAAUUUGUUAUGCUUUACCAAACCCUCCAGCAAUUUUCAAUAAUGUUAAUGGUAAAGUUUAUAUUUGUUUAAAAAUUGCAAUUUCUGUUAUUGUUGUUGCAUGUCCUUGUGCUUUAGGUUUAGCUGCUCCAACUGCAAUCAUGGUUGGUACUGGUGUUGGUGCUUCAAAUGGUGUUUUGAUUAAAGGUGGUGAUGUCUUGGAAAGUGCAAAUAAUGUUGAUGUUUUAUUGUUUGAUAAAACUGGUACUUUAACUAUUGGAUCUAUGGUUGUUCAAAAUUCUCAAACUAUUGGUGAUUGGUCUGAAGAUACAGUUUUAGAUAUCGUUGGUUCAGUUGAAUCUAAGAGUGAACAUCCAAUUGGUGUUGCCAUCACAAAAUAUUCAUUGGAAAGAUUAGGACAAUUUAAAUCAUUCAUUGAAUCUUCUGAAGUUAAAAUUGGUAAAGGUAUUGAAGCAAGAGUUGACUUGAAUGGACAAAAAUUUGAUGUUGUAAUUGGUAAUUUAAAAGUUUUCUCUGAUGAUUUCGUCAAGGAAAACAAUGAUAGAAUUAAAUUUGAUUCCGAAUGUACAAUUUCUCAUGUUUCAAUUAAUGGUCAAUAUGCAGGUUAUUUAGAAUUACAAGAUGAAGUUAAAAAAGAUUCAGUUAAUGUUAUUAAUUAUUUGAAAUCUAAUGGUUACCAAGUUGCAAUGGUUUCUGGUGAUUCUAAAAAAGCUGCUAAUAAUAUUGCUGCACAAGUUGGUAUUUCUCCAAAUAAUGUUUAUGCUGAAUUUUCACCAUAUGAAAAAGAACAACUAGUUGUUGAUUUCCAAUCUCGUGGAUUAAACGUUGCAUUUAUUGGUGAUGGUAUAAAUGAUUCUCCAGCAUUAGCACAAUCUAAUUUGGGUAUUGCUAUUGCAUCAGGUACUGAUAUUGCAUUAGAAGCUGCUGACAUUGUUUUAUUGAAUAAUGAAUUAAAGUUAUCAGGUAUAACUUCAGCUAUUUCAAUUUCAAUCGCAACGUUGAAAAGAAUUAAAUGGAAUUUGUUCUGGUCAUGUGUUUAUAAUUUAACAAUGUUACCAGUUGCAAUGGGUGUCUUAAUUCCAUGGGGUAUUCAUAUGAAUCCUUUAGUUGCUGGGUUAGCUAUGGCUUUUAGUUCUGUUAGUGUUGUUGUUAGUUCAUUGUUAUUGAAAACAUGGACACCACCAGAUAUUUCUAAAUUUACUUCGUAUGAUGAAGGUUAUGAUUAUGAUUUAGAAUUAGGUGGUCCAAGUACUAAAAACACUAAAUGGAAUUUGAAAGAUUCUGUUAAGAGAAUGAUUAACAAAGAUAAAAAACAAGAUAUAACUGCUGAUGAUAUUGAACUUCGUGAAGGAUUGUUACAUUAG